UGCCACCUUCAAAAACCCUUAUUUUUCAUUAUCUAUAAAACUCUGAAUUUUGAAGAAGAAGAAGAAGAAGCAGAAUCUCAAUCAAACUCUCUAUUUCAGAUUCUGAAUCCUCAUCAUCAUCAUCAUCUUUUCAAUUUCACUCUAUAAAUACUCAUCAAAUUCACAUUCAUUUCGAUUCAAUUCAAUUCACACACCAUUGAAUUUUCAGAGAGAGAGAAAGAGGAACAGUUGUUUAUUGUUGAAUGAAUGGGGAUUCUUGUUGAGGUUGAUAGCGGUGAUGAAAGCGACGACGACGUUCUGGUUCCGCCGACGAACUUCUCCAUGGUGGAGGAUUGCAUUUUCCGAUCAAGUUUCCCCAACCCUUCAAAUUUCCCCUUUCUCCGAACCCUAAACCUUCGCUCUGUCAUAUACUUGUGUCCUGAACCUUACCCGCAAGAGAAUCUGGAGUUUCUUCGGUCGGAGAAUAUUCAGCUUUUUCAAUUUGGAAUCGAGGGGAAGACGGAUGUUUCUUUACCAAUUCUCAGUGAUUCUAUCAUGGAGGCUCUGAAAGUUUUAGUUGAUGUGAGAAAUCAUCCAGUUUUGAUCCAUUGCAAACGUGGAAAGCAUAGGACAGGUUGCCUAGUUGGUUGCUUUCGGAAAUUCCAGAAUUGGUGUUUGUCUUCUGUGUUUGAGGAGUACCAGCGAUUUGCCGGUGUUAAAUCCAGAAUAAUGGAUUUAAGCUUCAUAGAAAAGUUUGACAUCAAAAUCCUGAGCCAGUGCCUUUACAGCAUCAUCUACCAGUACCAUGGAUAUGGUUCGAAGAAGCGCCGGUUGUCGUAUACAGAGGACAAUUUACAGAAGCCCCGAUUGACAUCAUUUUAACUGUGCCGGGGCAUAACCCCUUUUUUCAAAAUUUGAUUUGUUAGGAGUUCAUUCUUCAUAGAAGUUGAUCUGUCAUUGAUACCUAUUAAAAGUUAGAAUUUUCAAUGAUCUUUAGAGUAUACACACAUUGCCUUUUAUCUUUCA